GAAAAAUUAGGGUAAAUAAUAUCUUCAUCAUCUUCAUACCCAUGGAUACCUCGAUACAGUUCCGCCCUCACCCCUUAACACCCACCCUUCUUAAAUCCAAAACAAAACCCAUUCCCUUCACACUCCGAUGCUCCUCCAGCGAGACUCAGGUGGGUUUUGUAGAUUACAACAAAGGAGAGCGACAAGUACAGGUGCACGUGCCCGGUUUCAAGCAGUCUGAUUUGCCCAAACACAUCCGGACACGUGUCCAACAUGACCGCUUUCAGAAAGAUUGGGCGCUUUCAGAACUUGUUUCCAAGAUUUUGAAGCUCACUCAACAUGAAGAUGUUGAUGGCUUGCUUAAUCGCUGGGUUGGGAGAUUUGCUCGCAAGAAUUAUCCCAUUUUGAUAAGGGAAAUUAGCCAAACAGGGUCCCUUGAGCAUAGUAACCAAGUUUUCAAGUGGAUGAAAAACCAGAAGAAUUAUUGUGCAAACAAUGAUAUAUACAAUAUGAUGAUCAGGUUAUAUGCAAGGCAUAAUCAGACCGACCAGGCACGUGGCUUGUUUUUCGAGAUGCAAAAAUGGAGGUGUAAGCCAGAUGCUGAAACUUAUAACGCUCUCAUAAGUGCACAUGGUCGAGCUGGCCAAUGGCGUUGGGCAACAAAUAUUAUGGAAGACAUGCUUCGUGCAGCUGUUCCUCCAACUCGCUCAACGUAUAACAAUUUAAUCCAUGCAUGUGGAUCAAGCGGAAACUGGAAAGAAGCUCUAAAAGUUUCCAAAAAAAUGACAGAAAAUGGAGUCGGGCCCGAUCUCGUGACCCACAAUAUAGUUUUAUCUGCCUUUAAAACUGGUUCUCAAUAUUCAAAAGCAUUAUCGUAUUUCGAACUAAUGAAAGGAACAAAAAUCCGUCCGGAUACAACCACUUUAAACAUUGUGAUCCAUUGUUUAGUGAAACUGGGACACUUCGAAAAAGCAAUCGAUAUUUUUCAUUCGAUGAGGAAAAAACGCGCACAAUGUGAUCCCGACAUUGUGACGUUCACUAGCAUCAUUCAUUUGUAUUCAGUUGCGGGUCAAAUCGAAAACUGCAAGGCGGUUUUCGACACGAUGAUUGCCGAAGGUUUUAAACCGAACAUUAUAUCGUAUAACGCGCUUUUAGGUGCAUACGCUUCUCGUGGGAUGGAUGAAGAAGCAUUAUCGGUUUAUAACAAUAUAAAGAAAAAUGGGUUUCGGCCCGAUGUUGUAUCGUAUACAUCUUUAAUCAAUGCUUAUGGAAAAUCACGGAACCCCGGAAAGGCUAUGGAAGUAUUUAACAAAAUGAAAAAGAAUAAGUUGAAGCCGAAUUUAGUAACUUAUAAUGCAAUGAUCGAUGCGUUUGGAUCAAACGGUUUUUUACCAGAAGCGGUAAAUAUGCUGCAUGAAAUGGAAACAAAUGGGGUGCAACCGAAUAUUGUAACGAUUAGUACUUUGCUGGCAUGUUGCGGUCGUUAUGGUCAAAAAGUCAAGAUUGACUCGAUUCUUGCGGCAGCCGAUACACGGGGUAUUCGUUUGAAUACCGUUGGUUACAAUUCUGCCAUUGGGAGUUAUAUGAACAUAGGGGAAUGUGGUAAAGCGGUAACUUUAUAUAAGUCCAUGAGAGAGAAGAACGUUAAACCUGAUUCGGUUACGUUUAAUGUGUUAAUUAGUGGUUGUUCGAAGAUGUCAAAAUACACUGAAGCUCUUGAAUUUUUUGAUGAAAUGGUGGAUUUGAAUAUAACUAUGUCCAAUGAGGUUUAUUCGUCUGUGAUCUCGGUUUAUAGUAAGCAGGGUCAACUUUUGGAAGCAGAAUCUCUGUUCUCGAAAAUGAAGAUGACGCAUGGUGGUCCUGAUGUUGUUGCGUAUACAGCAAUGCUACACGCGUAUAGUACUGCAGAAAAAUGGGAUAAUGCAUUUGCGAUAUUCCAAGAAAUGGAAAUGAAGGGGGUGGAACCAGAUCUAAUAGCUUGUUCUGCAUUAAUGAGGGCUUUUAAUAGAGGAAACCAACCUGCUAAAGUUGUUGUUGUAGCUGAGUUUAUGCAGGACAGGAAGAUACCGAUGAAUGAGUCCAUUUACUAUGAAAUGUUGUCUGCUUGUAGCAUUCUACAAGACUGGAGGAAGACCGUUGAACUAAUUGGAUUAAUGGAGCCAUCAUUCAGCGUAAUGUCGGUUGGACUUCUGAAUCAGCUUCUGCAUUCAGUUGGAAAGUUGGGAAAGACCGAGACCAUGAUGAAGGUUUUCUAUAAAAUAGUGGCAACAGGUGUUGAAAUUAACAACUCUACUUACGCGGUGCUGCUAAAGGAUCUUUUGGCUGCUCAAAAUUGGAGAAAGUACCUGGAGGUAAUGGAGUGGAUGGAAGAUUCUGGAAUCACGCCUUGCGUUGAUAUGUAUCAAAGUAUACUCGCCUUUGCACAAACUAGUGGGCGUGAAUAUUCUGUUGCGAUACAAGAUAGAGUUGAGCGCCUGAGAAGAAAGAACAUGCCUAUAAGGUCUCAACAGAUGAGGUGACAUGGUGCUUCUUGGUUGUACAGCCAGCUGGAAAACUGGAAUCUUGAUCAUUUGGAGUGAUGAAUGGUUCAAGCUUGAACCUUUAUCAAUUAUCUGAACACUGACCUUAUGGACCGUAGUGGUGAGAUCAGUUACACUAGGAUUAAAGUUCUGUCUAGGAUGUUAGUGGGACCGAGGGUGCAACGGUCUGAUACGGUUUCUUUCAGUUGGCACUGCCAUGGAAACUAGUAAAUUUGUAUAACAUGACUGAAUUUUGUAUAAAGUAUAGAGAACUAGACUGAAUAGUAGAUGAAGAACAAAUGAAAAAGGUGACAUGCUGGAAAAAUGAAAAGGUUUUUCUCCUCCCUUUUCUUCUUAUUUAUAAUAUAAUUUACAUUGUCACAUGUAUAGAAUACAACAUUGUAUUUAUUUUUGCUAAUUUUCUUAUGUUUUACAA